AUGCCAAACUUCUCAAUAAAAUCCAUGGGAGAACCUUCAGUAAUCCCUCCCCCACCAACACCACCACCACCUCAUCCUCUUCAAAACUCAAACUUGCCCAUGUUCUAUUAUGGCCUCGUCGUGGUCGCAACAGCGACAAUUGUGCUGGCACUGUACAAUCUCAUCAUCAUAAAAUGGUGCACAGAAUACUCCUCCGAUAGCAGAAGUUCGGGUGACCUCGAACGGCGCCCUACCUCGACCGCCCCGAGAUUUAAUAAACCGAAGAAAGCUGUCUUGUCCAGCUUCAAGUACGAGAAAACAGAAGAGGAUGAUCCUGAAUGUGCAGUUUGUCUGUCAGUGUUCGAAGAAGGCGAAGAAAUAAAGCAGCUUCCACAGUGCAACCACUGUUUUCAUGCUCCUUGUAUAGAUAUGUGGCUCUAUUCCCACGUCGACUGUCCGCUUUGUCGGUCCCCAGUCGAGCCACCAGUUCUUCAGCCGGGUUCUGUCACUGAGCAGCAAUCAGAGAACUCUCGGGAAGGAUUGUUGGAUCCUGGCGACUUGGUUUAG